AAAAAAAAGUAAAUCAAACGUUUGGGAAGCAUUUGGUGGAUGAAGUGCUUUCUGCCUACCGAGGGUCCCAGGAUGUCUCGCUUCUGGUAGCGAGCAGCCCUCAGCUCCAGGGACGGAAGGGUUAUUGCUGCGGUGCAGAGCGAUGCAGCUGGAGCAUUGUCUUUCUCCCUCUAUCAUGCUCUCCAAGAAAUUUCUCAAUGUGAGCAGCAGUUACCCACACGCAGGCGGAUCCGAGCUUGCCUUGCAUGAUCAUCCCAUUAUCUCGACCACUGACAACCUGGAGAGAAGUUCACCUUUGAAAAAAAUUACCAGGGGGAUGACGAAUCAGUCAGAUACAGACAAUUUUCCCGACUCCAAGGACACACCAGGGGACGUCCAGAGAAAUAAACUCUCUCCCGUCUUGGACGGGGUCUCCGAGCUUCGUCACAGUUUCGAUGGAUCUGCCGCAGAUCGCUAUCUGCUCUCUCAGUCCAGCCAGCCCCAGUCUGCUGCCUCCGCGCCCAGUGCCAUGUUCCCUUACCCCGGCCAGCACGGACCCGCUCACCCGGCCUUCUCCAUCGCCAGCCCCAGCCGCUACAUGGCUCACCACCCCGUCAUCACCAACGGCGCCUAUAACAGCCUCCUGUCCAACUCCUCGCCGCAGGGCUACCCGGCGCCGGGCUACCCCUACCCCCAGCAGUACGGCCAUUCCUACCAGGGCGCCCCGUUCUACCAAUUCUCCUCCGCCCAACCGGGGCUGGUGCCGGGCAAGGCUCAGGUCUACCUGUGCAACAGGCCGCUCUGGCUGAAAUUCCACCGGCACCAGACGGAGAUGAUCAUCACCAAGCAGGGCAGGCGCAUGUUCCCUUUCCUAAGUUUUAAUAUUUCUGGUCUCGACCCCACGGCUCACUACAAUAUUUUUGUGGAUGUAAUUUUGGCGGAUCCCAACCACUGGAGGUUUCAGGGAGGCAAAUGGGUUCCUUGCGGCAAGGCGGACACCAAUGUACAAGGGAACCGCGUGUACAUGCACCCCGACUCCCCCAACACGGGAGCGCACUGGAUGCGCCAGGAGAUCUCCUUCGGGAAGCUCAAACUUACCAACAAUAAAGGAGCAUCGAACAACAACGGGCAGAUGGUGGUCCUGCAGUCCCUGCACAAGUACCAGCCCCGCCUGCACGUGGUGGAGGUGAACGAGGACGGCACGGAGGACACCAACCAGCCGGGCAGGGUGCAGACCUUCACCUUCCCCGAGACGCAGUUCAUCGCGGUCACCGCCUACCAGAACACCGAUAUCACGCAGCUGAAAAUCGACCACAACCCCUUCGCCAAAGGCUUCCGGGAUAACUACGACACGAUCUACACGGGCUGCGACAUGGACCGGUUGACGCCUUCCCCCAACGACUCGCCCCGCUCGCAGAUCGUUCCCGGGGCCCGCUACGCCAUGGCCGGCUCCUUCCUUCAGGACCAGUUCGUGAGUAACUACGCCAAGUCCCGCUUCCACCCCGGGGCAGGAGCCGGCCCGGGACCCGGCGCCGACCGCAGCGUGCCCCACACCAACGGGCUGCUCUCCCCACAGCAAGCCGAGGACCCGGGGGCCCCCUCGCCGCAACGCUGGUUCGUCGCCCCCGCCAACAACCGCCUCGACUUCGCCGCCUCCGCUUACGACACGGCCACCGACUUCGCCGGCAACGCGGCCACGCUGCUCUCCUACGCGGCGGCCGGCGUCAAGGCGCUGCCUCUGCAGGCGGCCGGCUGCGCGGGGCGGCCGCUGGGCUACUACGCCGACCCGUCGGGCUGGGGGGCCCGCAGCCCCCCGCAGUACUGCAGCAAGUCGGGCUCCGUGCUCUCCUGCUGGCCCAACAGCGCGGCGGCGGCUCGUAUGGCGGCCGGCAACCCCUACCUGGGGGAAGAGGCGGAGAGCCUGGCUCCCGAGCGCUCCCCUCUGCCGGGCGCCGAGGACUCCAAGCCCAAAGAUUUGUCCGACUCUAGCUGGAUCGAGACGCCGUCGUCCAUAAAGUCCAUCGAUUCCACCGAUUCUGGGAUUUACGAGCAGGCUAAAAGGAGGCGGAUCUCCCCCUCGGACACCCCGGUGUCCGAGAGCUCCUCGCCCCUCAAGAGCGAGGUUCUCACCCAGCGGGACUGCGAUAAGACCUGCGCCAAGGACAUCGGCUACUACGGCUUCUAUUCGCACAGCUAGGCUCGGCCCGGCCCGGCCCCGCCGCCGUUUUGCACAAGAACCUCUCCGCGGUUAGCGAACUGACCCCCGCCCCCAGCCGCCCCAUCCGCCCCGGCCCGGCCCGGCAGGGAGGG